UGUGCGGUUCCGGGUCGCUGCUCCGCUCGCCGGCGGGCUGUAGGGGCUGGUGACGCGGGCUGGCGCUCACGAGAGGCCCCGGAGGCGGGGCUCUGCCGGCUGCCCGGAGAGCGGCAGGUGCGCGGGCCGGGACUCCGGGAAUGCGAGCAGGCCCCUCAUUCUCCCGCUGGCCUUGGACAGAAUGCUUUGACCUCCAAAUUGUUUUAAAUCUAGUUGAUAAGCCAGAUACUGUGUUGCCACAAGCCCUUGGCCCACAUUUAAGUGAGACUGCAGCUAGCUUGGAUGUCUGAAACUUUUUAGGCAUCAGUAUCUGAACCCUGGUCCCUGGCCUAAGGACUACUGAGUGCUGGUUAUCUGUGCAGGAUAGCCACACAGCAAAAAUGUUUGCAAAACUAAAGAAGAAAAUUGCAGAAGAGACUGCUGUUGCUCAGAGGCCAGGAGGUGCUACUAGGAUCCCACGGUCGGUGAGCAAGGAAUCUGUUGCCUCUAUGGGAGCUGACUCAGGAGAUGACUUUGCUUCCGAUGGAAGCAGCUCCAGAGAAGAUCUUUCAUCCCAGCUUUUGAGAAGAAAUGAACAGAUACGGAAGUUAGAGGGCAGACUUUCUGACUAUGCUGAACAGGUCCGAAACUUGCAGAAGAUAAAAGAGAAGCUUGAAAUUGCAUUAGAAAAACACCAGGAUUCUUCCAUGCGGAAAUUUCAAGAGCAGAAUGAGACAUUCCAAGCCAACAGAGCCAAAAUGGCAGAAGGACUGGCUUUGGCAUUAGCCAGAAAGGACCAGGAAUGGUCAGAAAAGAUGGAUCAGCUUGAAAAGGAGAAAAGAUUUCUGACAGCUCAGUUACAGGAAAUGAAGAACCAGAGUUUGAAUCUUUUCCAAAGGAGAGAUGAAAUGGAUGAAUUAGAGGGGUUCCAGCAGCAGGAACUAAGUAAAGUAAAGCACAUGCUUUUAAAAAAAGAAGAAAGUCUGGGGAAAAUGGAGCAAGAAUUGGAGGCACGAACCACAGAACUUAGUCACACCCAGGAGGAGUUGAUUACCUCCAAUCAGAUGUCAUCAGACUUAAGCCAGAAGCUAGAAGAAUUGCAGAGACACUACUCAACGCUGGAAGAACAGAGAGAUCAUGUGAUAGCUUCAAAGGCAGGUGCAGAAAAUAAGAUCACAGCCCUGGAACAAAAGGAACAAGAGCUCCAAGCACUCAUUCAGCAGCUCUCCAUUGAUUUGCAAAAUAUCACUACUGAAACUCAAGAGAAAGAGAAAGUUAUCACACAUUUGCAAGAGAAGGUCGCAUCCUUGGAGAAGAGACUAGAACAAAACUUAUCAGGAGAAGAGCAUGUGCAAGAACUUCUGAAAGAGAAAACAGUUGCUGAGCAGAUUUUGGAGGACACCAGACAGGAGCUCUUAGCAGCUACAAGCAGCCAGGCCAAGGCCAUUAACACCCUGGAGUCUCGGGUGAAAGAGUUAGAGCAGACCCUGCAGGCCUCUGAGGAGCAGCUGAAGCAGAGCAGGGCUGUUGUGCUUGCCCAGGAAGCCCACAUUCAGGAGCUUGCCGCUGCCAAUACGGAGAGCAGCCGGGCACAGCAGCAAGCCCUCGCUCUGGAACAGCAGCACAUAGAGCACGCCCGGGCCCUGGAGGCCCAGAUCGCCUCCCUGGAGAGAGUGCGGGCCUCCGAGCAGGCCACUGCGGAGCGCGGGAUGAGAGAACUGGAGCAAGAAAAUGCAGCCCUUAGAGAAAGCAGGAGUGAAUGUGAACGUUCUCUACAACAUCACCAGUUUGAACUAAAGAAGCUAAAGGAGGAGUGGAGCCAAAGAGAAAUUGUGAGUGUGGCAAUGGCGCAAGCCCUGGAGGAGGUGCGGAAGCAAAGGGAAGAGUUCCAGCAACAGGCUGCUAACCUGACAGCCAUGAUAGACGAGAAAGAGCAGAGUUUACAGGAAAAAGCUGAAGUGCUUCUCCAGAAAGAGCAGGAGAUUCUCCAGCUGGAGCAGGGUCAUAACUCAGCCCUGCUGCAGAUGCGCCAACUGCAGGGUGAGCUGGAGGCCCUGCGGAGCCUGAGGGUGGAAGAGGCCGCGGCAGCCGCGGAACAGGAGGACCUGCUGAGGCUGCGGGGCCCAGAGCAGGGCGAGGCACUGCCAGCCAGCGAGCCAAACGUGACCUCGAAGGCCUUGUACCAGCUUCCAGCUGCAGGAGGAACACCAAAUGGGGAGGUUGGGGCCAUGGAUCUAGGACAGCUACAGAAGGAGAAACAGGACUUGGAGCAGCAACUUGCAGAGAAAAAUAAGACUAUAAAGCAGAUGCAGCAGCGGAUGCUGGAACUCAAAAAGACUCUGCAGAAGGAAUUGAAAAUCAGACCUGAUAAUGAGCUUUUUGAAGUCCGGGAGAAACCUGGACCUGAGAUGGCAAACAUGGCCCCUUCUGUCACGAAUAACGCUGACCUGACUGAUGCCCGUGAGAUCAACUUCGAGUACCUUAAGCAUGUGGUUCUGAAAUUCAUGUCCUGUCGCGAAUCUGAGGCUUUUCAUCUUAUAAAAGCUGUGUCAGUGUUGUUGAACUUUUCCCAAGAGGAAGAGAACAUGCUCAAAGAAACCCUGGAAUAUAAGGUAGGGUUCUCCAGUCGCUGUUCUGGCUUCCAGACAGAGCACAGCCCCGGGCACACAGGUGGCCGCUGCUGCAGAUCGGUGCCGCUGUGUCGGGUGGCCGUGAUCCAGGCAGUAUUUAGUGAGGAUGUCCUCUGUGCCCAAGUGUCUGUGCUGUACUUAACCAAUAGGCCUUGUCGUUUUCAAAGCGUUUUCAUUGAUAUCAUUUUACCUGCAGCCCCAGGUCUGGCCCAGCACCCAGACUUUAAAAAAAAUUCCAAAAGUAUCUGCAUAAAUGCUAGAAUAGGAAAAAUUACCUACAGUUCCGCUACCUGGUUCUUGUCAACUCGUUUUUUUUUUCUCUCAUUUCCCUCCCCUACUUGGAAUGUGCCUGUAGACUGGCUGCUGGAACCAUCCUCAGUGCUGUCCAGAGCCAGAGCCAGGGUGCGUGGGAGGCAGGAGGGGCUGGUUCAGGUUCUCAGCUUUUUCUGUUUCAAAUGCAGAUGUCGUGGUUUGGGUCCAAGCCAGCUCCCAAGGGCAGCAUCCGGCCAUCUAUCUCAAACCCUCGGAUACCGUGGUCCUAGAGGGAACUACCCAAGGAUGGAGCUCCAUGGGUUGACACUUUUUCUGUGAAAAGAACACUGACACACCAGUCUGGGUGGGUUUUUAAUCACUGUAACUGCAGUAUUUUGUACAAGCGUCUAAACAUUGUUUACAAGACUUAAGGCCCACUUCCCUGUAGGCUGACAUGAACCUCAGGGGGUAGCUGAUCCUAUGUCAUUCUGGUCACCAAACAGGAGGGUCCUGGCACUACCCAGAUUUCCACAGUGCUGCUAACAUCCCAGCUUUGGCCAGCACCCCAUCUGCACCUGAAUCCUCUUUUAAUGUUUGCACUUAAGCUGAAGCAACCAGCAUCUGUGAAGCAACAGCUGGGUCAUCAUGGAGUGAUGACGCUGGAGGUAGAGAUGCCCUUUGAAAUGGUGCCCAGCAGGCCACCCCACCUGCUUCUGCCAGGAGCAGCCAACUCAGUGGGGGUGGCUUUAAAAAUUCAGAUGAGUUAGAAGAGGCUUUUUAUCCCUUCCUCUCAAGAAAAUAUUAUUUCACCUUUUUUCUUAAACCACCUUGAACUUUAGAUGUGUACAUGUCUAAGGGCCAGUGUGGAUGAAUUGAAGAAUAUGCAACUUUCUGACAGUAUCUCCACUUUACUUAAGAAAACUAGCAAAUAUAUAAAAAGUUCCUUAGUACCAAAUACACUCAAUUGCCUUUUUAAUGAAUGUACUUAUCUUGGAUAGGUUGCUGGUAAACCAUUUUAAAACUAUUUUUUAUAGUUAAAGUUCUUCACUAUUAUGAACAUGUCUUCUGUAUUAUAAAAUCCAUUUAACUGGUUUCUUAAAGGAAAAUCAGAGCAUCAAGAGGAAAUUAUUUCUAAAAUUGGAAUUCCUGUCCCUUUGUAAUUUCACUAGCUUUCUGUGGCAUCUCCUCUCUGAAGCAGUGGCGAUAUUUCAUGGCUUUGCUUGGAUUCUGUGUUGCACUACCACUGAGCAAGUGCUAACCACAUUUCUUCUACUUAAGGACAAUCUGCUGUGUGCAUCAGAAGCAGCAGCUGUCCCUUCCCCCAACUUGACCAAAACAUGGGAGGCAGUCCGCCUCCUGUGUGCAGCCACUCUCUCCCCCUCAGCCAACCCCUGAACAUUGAAGAUGACACUACACUCAUGGAUUAUGUCCAGACAGCCCCCAGCUGGCUGUAGUACUCGAUGGCAUGCACAUGACUCUGGAAGUGACUGAUAAAAAUUUAUAUUCAUUAUUAGUGGGGAAAAGGGAAGAUGCUCAUUCUGGAUAAGCCACAGUAUCAAAUCUAAAGGGAAACUGUAUUUAUACUUAGAGGAAGGAUUCACUGGUUAAAUAAAAACUGAAUUAAUUACCGGAGCUCCUAAAUUUAUCAUCAGUUAUCCAGUGAUGUUGUUUCUCAAUUAUGGUUAGCAUCAAAAAAUAUAUAUAUCUCACAGAAAAAUAUUUGCAGAGUUAACCUAUUAAAUUCCCGUGAAGUACUAAGUCAGGACAGCAUCACCUUAGUCCCAACUCAGGCUCUCUGCCAUUCUGCAGUGACCUACCUACCUCCUCAUGUGGCUCUUCAUUGCAGAUGUCUGUCCCUUGUAUAGAAUGCUAUUUUCCAUUUACCCAGUGGGAACAUGAAACAGGAGUCCCUUCUGUUCUUUUCUGCAAUUUUGAUGAGUAAGGAGGUAGCUUUUUUUCAAAGUAGGAUUUCCUCCUUUUCAACUGUUCCAGGAAAGAAUCCCUAAGAUUGGGUAGUUCAAGGCUUGCCAGAGGCAGCUACAUUUCCGUGGAGCCGGGUCUGACUCCUCCGUGGCUUCUCCAGCCCUUGAGCUGGUCGUCACGCCCCUGCCCACAACUGCCCUGGCAGUUUCAGGUGUAGCUGUGGGGCUGUUACUAAGUCUGUACUGGCUUAGGGAGGAUUCCUCCUGCAUGUUGAAUUUCCUUCAGCUUUAAGAGGAAGAGUGGAGUAAAUAUUCUAAGUGAUUUGAUGCACUUUUACUUGUAUAAAACUUUCUGUGAUAGAGACAGUAUAUAUAGCCCUUUAUAUGAGCAGUUGGGUCUUGACCUUUCCUUCAGUGUUGUAAAUAGGGAUUGUAUUAUCUGAAACUGCUGUAGAAAAUUCAUUUGUGGUGCAAUACACUUUUUAAUUAAAGCUCUUCAGAUGCAA